GAAAGCCAAGUGAAGAUGAAUUUGCUCAUGGAUAGCCUGCCGUCGCAUGCGAAUCCUGGCUCGCGUCGCUCCACGCCGCCCCAGCACACGGAGCUGAGGAUCUCCACAUCCUCGCCACACCACAACCAGCAGCAGAACCAGACACCCAAUCUCAACAACAACAACAACAACAAUGAGACACCCACAUCGCCACCCGGUGGAAAGACCACGCUGAAGCGCGCCUUUGACGUGGCAUUUCUGAUGAUGCCCGACGAGCGCAUCAAGCAAAAGCAGGCCGAGAAACAGGCCCGUCUCCAGGAGGCACUGCAGCAACACCACCAUCACCACCAACAGCUGCAGCUGCAGCAGCAUCAGCAGCAGAUGAACCACUAUCCCACGGAUCUGUCACCGCGUGGCGCCUCCUCGCAGCCACCAUCGCCGGCGGCCAUGGAGUACAUCAGCCUGCUGGAGGCGCGUCAACGCUAUCCCCAGCUGAGCAUCCGCUCGCCGCGAGUGUACGAUGAUCCCACUCUGGUCAUACCGCUAGUGGAUUCCCCGGAGGCCACGGCCACGGCUUCGCCACCACCGCCGAUGCGUAGCGCCUUUACGAAAGUGGCCUCGUCGUCGCUGUCCACAUCCUCGUCGCCUUCGACCACAUCGCGUCUGGAGUCGCCCGUGGAUGUGGGAGCCCCUCCAUUGAGCCCGGAUCAACUGAGCUGCCAUUCGAUGAGUCCGCCGCUGGUCACUCCACCGCCGCGCACCAACAGCGGUGGCAGUGUGGGAAGUGUGGGUCCACCACAUGUGGCCAAUCCCUUGCCACCCAAUCCGAUUGUGUACCACAACUUUCGGCCAGAGUACCAGUUCAACGGAGCCUUCCAGGCGGUGAAUCCCAUGCAGGCGCUGCAGGCACAGCAUCGGCUGAAGCAGCACCUGCUCUACACGCGUCCCCCGGGACCAGGUGGCCAUCCCAACGGUGGAGGAGGACCGGGGACACCCUCAUCGCCACCGUCGGGUCCGCCAGCGGAGUUUCUGCAUGGCGCAUAUCCGGGAUUCGGGCCGCCUCCGCAUCCGUUUGCCGUGUCCCAGCCCCUGCAGAAUCCUGCAGCAGCUGCGAUUCUCUCCACGCUAAUCCCACCCACACUGGCCUCCACCUUCACCCUGACCGCACAGAACGUGUGCGCCAAGUGCAACAUUAGCUUCCGGAUGACCAGCGACCUGGUCUACCACAUGCGCUCCCACCACAAGAGCGAGGUGGCCUGCGAUCCCAAUCGCCGCAAGCGCGAGGAGAAGCUGAGGUGCCCCGUCUGCCAGGAGACGUUCCGCGAGCGGCACCAUCUCACCAGGCACAUGACGGCCCAUCAGGACAAGGCCAGUGACCAUCAGCCGCAGCUGGAGGAGUCCAGCGACAAUGAGAUCAUCAAUGUGGUGGGAGGCACACCGCCCGGACGGAGAAUGGGAGGUGUACCCAAAUGAUCGAAGCAUUUCUUCGGAUACUUUUAAGACUCAACCCCCAGCCGUCAUCGUUUUUGUGCCCGUAAUGCCCCUUCUCUAUUGUGAUAUUAAUUUUACUUUUUUUUUU